GGUCCGUUUUAUCAUUGCCACUUAGUAUCUCUACGGGGACGGUUUAGUUUUCGCGCGCCUCUUUAGUUAAUGUGCAAACACGCCAAAAAAGGAAACCGAAGAUGUGCUGGAAGUUUUUUGUAGUGGUUUUUUUAGUACUUAGCUUUACAAACAGUCCGACGCUGGGAGCUUUUAUCACUAAUGAUCAGUGCAAACAAAACGAAAUUUUUCUUGGCAAACCCGUCUCCAUUUCUGCGGAUUGCAUUUGUCCGCCAAACUUUGUGACGAUUGAUGGAGCGAAUUCCGACAGAAGGAGGUUUUGUAUUUUACUCACGGAACCACAACAGUGGAGCAAUAUAUGCGUUUCCUAUGGGUGUACGGAUGAUUACUAUGAAAUAAGUGACGAGGAAAGGCUCAUUGUUGAUAACUUUUUAAGGGAUGUGAACAUAUCCAAGUUCUGGAUGUCGGUGAGAAGAGAAGAUCAGGUAGGAUAUCCGCUAAGAAAGCUACCAGGUUCUGGCUGGAACACUCCGCUAGAUUUCGAAAUGCAAAAUAACCGGGAAGUUGCACUGCAACUUCAGGAAGCGCCAGGAAACUGUCUUCUCGCUUCGCUCGAGUCUCACGGCUAUUCCAAGGCGUCGUUUGACGAUUGCAACAAACUUCAUCCCCAGUUGUGUAUCCACAAAAGAAACACCUUACUGAGUUUAUCGUGUCCAGCCGCUGAAUUCACAACUCGAUACCGCGACUUUCAGGAUCAUUGUUUCAAAAUAGUUCAUAGCCCAACAGUCGACCACGAAUUGAAACUCUUCAAUAUCAGCAACCAUCGAAAGCUGCAGCUUCUCCAAAAACUCGUCCAAAAAUCUAAACUCAGCUGUAAAUUCGUUGUAGUCGAAACUUUCUUCACUCAAAGUGUCAGCAGACCCAGGCUCUAUUUUGCCCUCCAGGAUGUGGGGGUAAUAACUUUAGUGGAAAAGUUUGACUGCGUCGCCUAUGAGUCGCUGAAUUUCGACUUCGAGUCUCCCAAGCUGGAUUUAAGCUUCGAUCGUGCCAGCCAACGCUUGCUGUUGAUGAUAGCCAACGCCAAAAGCUUGUGGCGUGAUCGCGAGAAGGACAUCGGCGUCGUUUGCUACACCGACGCAGACACCGAACUACUGAAGCAAGUUGGUUUCCGACGCAGGAUCUGGCCACCUUCGGAUGGUGAUCGAAAUAGUGCUAGAACCAGAGGUGAUGACGUCGACGAUAAGCAUAUUUACGAGCUUAAACUGUACGGAGACUUUCCGGAGUUAUACUGGUGCGAAGGUCAUGCAGUUCCGAAUUUUACGGUUGUAAAAUCGGACAAAAUUCACGCUUCGAAAAAGGAGAAACACGUUCAUGUGUACUCGAUCUCGUUGAAUGUUCAACCUCUGGAGUAUGAUCGAAUUUUGCAGAAAAGUUAUCUCAAAUCUAUUGUAAAACAAUUACGGGAUCACGUGAAGUUGAUUGCGAAUGGUGGCGAUCGAUCGGUAGCCGGCCGGAUUAAUGGGAUGAAAAUUGUUAAAAUUGAAAGUGUGGAUAUCGAAAAGAAGAAGUUUGCUCUGGUUGUGCACGUAUCGGUGAAGUAUCGAGAUUGGGACUCCAGCGAUGAAGAUGACGAUAGUCCGCCCCUCGAAGCACAAAAAACAACCUUGGACCAGCUGCACCGACUUUUCAAGGAAGCGAGCAACGAUCGGUACGAAUUCCGGGGCAUUAACAGUACAGAAUUUUGCUUCCCCGACAGCCAAGACGCGAGAUUCAGUUGGCCACUAGCCCGGAUCGGGCAGACCGUAGCGUCGCAAAACUUAUGCCUGUUGGAAUCCACCGGAUUACCCUUAGCGAGAAAAUGUAUCGGAGACCGAAUUUACGGUGGCCACUGGGAGCAGCUGACUGACGAUGGGUUAAACUGCGCAACCACUGUUUCUGCUGGAACGGUAAAAUUAUACAACUUUUACGCUAACCCAAGCAGUGAACCAGUGCCAAAAGUUCUCAACGAGAUUAUCGAAACGUUGGAUUCCAUCGGCACCCCGAAGCUUGAGUCCGCUGACGUAUUUUAUCUCUCGAAAGCGAUUGAAAACAUUAAGUCGACAUUAUUCAAUGAAAACAGUACUAACGACACCGUAAUUGGUUAUGAAAAAGAGAGUGUCUACAGUCGCUUGUGCGGUAUACUAAACCGGGUGAUGUACGUGAAUGAAUCAAUUCUGCUGAACUCGCAAGUGGCGCUCAACGCGACAAACAUCCUGCUGGAUUCUACGGAUGCAAUGAUAAAUCAACUGUCGGUGGCCAACAGUACCAACAGCACCACGGGCCAAGAUGUUGUUCCACUUACUGCUAACAAUGAUGCCCCAAUUAGUGACGGUCUUGGUGUUGGUAAUAAAAAUCGUAUGAUAAGUUUAAAUGGAUCAUUACUGUACCGAACGGACAGGUUGAUUUUACUCGUAACCGAUCCGGCCGUUGCGAAUGUCACCGGAAUUGCGCUGCUAAGGGAUGAGCUGGCAGAUGAUGCAGAACUUCCAAUUGACCAGAACAGUUUCGACAAAUAUCAAAUAAGAUUGAUAACCGCCGAUGAAUCGGAGGCCGACAUAAUCAAGGAACCAGGGCUCGAGAUAGCCAGUUACAUUCCAACCGUUCUGUUGGAGAACAUACUGCUGCUGGGGGAAACAGUGGCGAACGACACCAUCGACACGAAACCGUUCCGGGUUGUGGUGACCGUUUUUUUCAACGAUCGCAUCUUCCGGGAGGUUAACAACGGUUCAGUUUCGAGAGCAAACAGUAAAAUUAUUAGCAUCACCGUACCAGGGUUUGGUUCGGAUUUGCCCGGAGAGCUUCCGAUAUUUUUCCACGAUACCGACACGAAUCGAACCAGCAGCUGUGGGUACUGGGAUUUUAAUGCUAACGAGGUUGAUGCGAUGCCAGCCUGGUCCCAAAGGAGAUGUUAUCUGGCGGAGGAGACCAGCGACGUGUCCUUAUGCAAGUGCUCUCAUUUGACCUCGUUUUCCCGGCUAUGUAGAGAUAUUCAGUACAUCGAAACUGUAGGCGUAUCACAGAAAUUUAUCUGUGAUCAGGCGAAUGUUGUUUUGGAUGUAAUAACCGCGAUUGGGUGCACUUUGUCUCUACUAGGUGUGGCUGGAAUUUUCGUAACCGCAGCUUUGUUCCCUUCUUGGAGAGCUACUGCCAACUCGAAAAUAUUACUUCAGCUUUCAACGGCUAUCGCAAUAGAAAUGUUCAUCGUAUUCCUGGACGGACCAGAUAUUGACCGGGACAAAGAAAGCAGUAGGGUACAAUGUACUUUACUUGGAGCAGCUUUUCAUUACAUUAUUCUCGUCACAUUCAUGUGGAUGCUGAUCAUCGGUUAUCUGCAGUUUAUGCGCUACAUAAAAGUCCUCGGACGAUUACGUCCGUCACAUUGCAUUUUAAAGGCCUCUAUCCUGUGCUGGUGUUUGCCACUGCUUCCUGUAGUACUGUUCGCAACACUCGAUUACACCCAUUACCACAAACAGAACAAUUCGACCGACAUUUGCUAUCCCCACGGCCCGGCACUGUAUUUCGGCUUGACCCUACCAAUAAGUAUGAUCAUCCUAACUAACGCAACCUGUUUCCUGCUGAUCAUUUAUAACGUUAACCGUAUCCCGGACAAUCUCCAGCGAACCACAGACAAACGGUUAACAUUUUCACAACUGAGACUUUCUUCGUUUCUAUUCUUUCUUCUUGGACUUCCGUGGAUUUUUGGCAUAAUGAUCACUGCCGGAGCGGGAAGCCUAAUCUCCUACCUAUUCUGCCUAACGGCGCCCCUUCAGGGCUUCAUACUUUUCAUCUAUUUUAUAAUCAUGGAUCCCACCGCGAGAAAGCUUUGGUCCCUUAAGCUGGUAGACUAUCAGUGCAGUAAAACCGAUAAAAAGAACAUCGACAUGUGUCACAAAUAAAAUGAAUUUCACACAAAACUACAUACUGUUGGUGGUCACUUUCAGCUCCCUUAAAAAAAUCACUUUAGAAACUCCACUAUCCGAAAGAACUCCGGUCGAUCCUGUCUGGCAGGCUGCGAAUCUCACUGAAGACUGAUAGUCGCACUUGGAAGGUGGUGACGGACUAGGCGAACAGUUUUUUGAUUGGAAAAGUUUGUGUGAUAAAAGUUGACGGAAUUAUUCAAUUAAGCGAGCAUUGCGGCUAUGCGAAAUUCCGAAUACCGAGUCGUCAGUGGGAUGCUGUACGAGAGUGUACGAGUACGAGAGUUAUUAUCCAAUUUUAAGCCUGUUCCACUGCGCGAUUUGCUUUCCCGUGUCCAUCAGUCGUGGACGGCCGCCGAGAAGCGUGGCUCCCACCACCGGUUAGACCCGUGAUACAGAUUCUGUCAUUAGAAAAGUCAAUCAGCGGGAUUGAAAGCUGAUUCUUUCCAUACCAUUUUGAGCUACAUUAGAAGAAUUUUUUAGCUAUCCAGCUUUCCACGAGCGGUAAUAAAGGAUAGUGAGGGCAACCCACCGAGACGAUUCAACGAAUAAUUGUAACAGGUGAAAAUGCCGUUAAGCCAAGAGUGCCGCGAUUUACGCGAAUAAAUAUCAAAAUGAUGAGAGAAGAGUCAAAUAAAAACCUUGAAUUAGUUAAAAGCGGUACUCUCAGAAAUCAGACGUCGACGAGAUGCACCUAGUCGCCACCAGGAGACAUACUCCAUAAAACGACCAUGGGGGCGGAGGCGAAAAAACCUCUGGAAAUGGGGGCGUAAUUAAUGGGUGAACCGGUGGAGAGCGCCAAAAAUCAAACGCCAACCAUCGUUUGGAUCUCACUAAUCGACAAAAUAUCUAGGUGAAAGGUUGUACGAUAAACGAACUCAAAUCAGGAGUAAAGCGACAGCUAUAGUUUGCUAUUGUUUGCUGAAAGGUUUAAAAGAAAAGUUAAAGCUGAGAUUAAAUAGGAAAAGAGAAGUUAGGAAGUGAAGUGAAGGCAUCGUGAAAUAAGAGACUGAUUUAUCAGGUGCGUAACUUCUUAAAGACAAUCAACCUCCAACCGACGCCCAAACACCAUUUUGUAAUUACCCCCUCCCCCUCCCCCCUCAUUAUGCCCUCAGGACCUCAUGUUCCUGUUUGAAAGCUGUUGGAACCCAGCUUCUUAACAAGCAUAGUUAUCCCUACUGGAGUUAGCCAGUUCCUCGGAGCACCGCGACAACUGGGACAUCGGGAAGGCGAGAGGCAACAGACUUCAGGCAGUGGCAAAGCUUGGAAGUAGAACGAAAGCAGACGUCGAAGAAGGGGCCCCGAAUGCUAAAAAAGUGAAGAGACGAGGUAGGAGAUAGAGACUAAGGAAGUUGGAGUGGCAGACGAAAUAAAAGAGUUGUUUGAGACGAAGUUCAAGUGUUUAAUUUGACCAACACACGAGAGCCGACCCUGAGGC